AUGAUGACAAAAUCAAAUGUUCGUGAAAAAGAUGAAAAAAGAUGGAAUAAUUCUAAUCUAUUUCCUUACUCAAGAGAUGUUGAAGAUGAACAAAUAAUUGAAUUCGAAGGAAAAAUUCCUCAAUGGUUAAAAGGUACUCUUUAUCGUAAUGGUCGAGGAGCUUAUGAAAUAAAUAAUGAUUUAAAAACAUCUGUUAAUCAUACAUUUGAUGUUCGUUUUCAUGGAUCAUUUAUUAAGUCACAUGCAAAUACUCAAUCUUUAUUAAAUAAUCGUUUAAUUGAUCCAACCACAUCUACUGAUGAUACAGGUGUAACUGUUCAAUUAGUACAUAAUCAAUUAUUAGCACUAACAGAAACAGUAACAGGCAAUAUUCUUGAUCCAGAAACACUUGAAUUACUAGGUUCACUUAUAACAUUACCUUAUAGUCAAUCAAUCGAUUCAGAAAUUUUUACAAUAACAACAGCUCAUAUUAUGCAUAAUGAUAAAUCUCAAAUGAUAAUUGGUUUUAAUGGAAGAAUAACACAUAAAGGACAUUGGCUUUAUGUUAUAUUCAUAUCAGAUCAAUCAUUUAAUCAAGAUAAAACAGGUUUUUUUUAUUUAUUUCAUAAAGAAAAAAAAAAUUCUGUUUAA